AGCCGUCGUGGUCCAAAGACGGCAGUGCCAACACAUUCCAGAUCCCACGCCAGACAAACCUAUCUUGGACCCCGGCGUUUUUAAGUCUCUUUAAUGGCUUCUAUCAUUUCGGGCAGCCUGCUGGUAUUGGUUUUGCCACUUUUGGGCAAGGCCCACAGUCUGUCGAACGAUUUCCCGAAUCUGUAUAACCUGACAGAGCUCGCUCGAGAUUUUCCGCAGGUCGUCUUGGAUGAAAUCAAGGCGAGUCCUCUGCGUGCCGUUGCUCCUGUGAUCUCUGAACCCAGGGCUGCCGCUUUUUCUACCGCGGGAGCUCUUCCCACAGUGGUGGCCCACGGUAUGGGCGAUUCUUGCUGGGAGCCAGGAAUGGCAAGCAUUACUCGCGGCAUUGGGAAGAAGACUAGCACCUACGCGAAAUGUGUCCCCACAGGGGACAACAUUAUUACGGACACGAUCAACGGAUUCCUUCUCAACAUGGACAGGUCAUUGGAUGUCUUCGCAGCGAAGAUCCGAGCUGACUCCAACUUGGCUGGGGGCUUCAAUGCCAUCGGCUUCUCUCAGGGGAAUUCGCUCAUCCGAGGGUACAUCGAGAAGUACAACGAUCCGCCCGUGAAUGCUUUCAUUUCUGUCCAUGGAACUGUCAUGGGGGUUGCGGCUUUCCCCAGCUGUUUUGAACAGGGCAAGCCGCUUGGGCUAAUUUGCAAGGCCUUGGCCGAAGUGCUUGGAGAUCUGGCUUAUUUGAAAAUCGCACAAGGCAUCCUCUUCCAGGCGGAUUAUUACAGGGACCCCGUGAGGGUGUCUAGCAAGGCAUAUCUGACGAAUUCCCAGCUCGCCCAAUGGAAUAACGAGAACCCUGCGACUGUCAAUAAGACCAUCGUUGCUAACUUUGCGAAGACCUCACGCUUCGCCAUGGUAAAGGCCCUCGAGGACUCAAUGGUCUACCCGAACGAGGGCGAAUGGUGGGGCGCCAUCAAAGAUGGCAGCUACGGCCUGGCCUUAGAGAUGAAGGCUACAAAGUUCUAUGCGCAGGAUCUCUUCGGAAUCAAAACUGCAGAUGCCACUGGAAAGAUCGCUUUCGAAUCCACCCCAGGGGACCACCUUGAGUUCACCGACGAACAGCUCUACGGUUGGGUGGAAAAGUACUUUUUGGGCACCUCGUCGGCGGCAGGUAUUCCAGUGGUCGUCUGAUUCGGUCGAGAUUGGCUGCUCGACUGAGGCACAUCAAGUAAUGAAACGACCACCCGCACUUUUGAAUAUUGGGAGUCUGUUUUCUCAUACUCGUGCAGCAUGAGCGGAUUGCUUGAGCGCAUGACUUGUGCGUUUGCAGAAGAGCCCGAGAACAUACAUGCGCAGAGGAUUAUCGUUCGUUCUGCCGAAAGCAUCGACUGACGUGUCCGAAUGUUCAUAUUUCUCUCUGCUGCUCUUCCCCCC